AAUUUGGCAUCUCUUUGUUCUCUUGUGCAGGAGUUUUAUGAAGCUUUAUCCUGUAAUAUGACUGCUCCUGGUCAGGGUGCAAUGCAAAUCGUCCAGCUCUACCUGAUGCCAUUUGUCUACAUGGCAGUGAUAGUGCUUGGCGUGCCCCUUAACGUCUUCUCCCUUUGGGUUUUUUCUCGCCGACUGGCUCAAAGGAACCGCAGCAGCCUUUUCCUCCACAACCUGGCCAUGGCUGACAUCUCCUGGCUUCUGGCUUUGCCCUUCAUCAUCAACUUUCACCUUUCUGGGAUGGAAUGGUCACUGGGGCAAUUGUUUUGCUGGCUACUCCGUAUGUUCUACCAUACCUAUUUCUACCUCAGCAUUUUCUUCGUGACAUGCGUGAGUGUAGACCGCUACUUGGCCAUCGUUCAUCCUCUUCGUUCUACAACCCUUCUCACUCGUCAGCGUGCCAUUACGUUAUGUAUCAUUCUCUGGGUGGUAGCCAUAGCGAUGAGCAUCCCAGUGGCAAAGCUGAAUACCACCUUGAAAUGUCAGGGAGGCAACAAGACUGUGUGCACCAUGUACGUCCUCAUUUUUACCAGCGUGCAGCAAGGUUUGCCAUAUUCCCUGUUCUGUACUUGCAUCGGAUACCUGUUUCCAUUAACAGUAUUAAGCUACUGUUAUAUACGCAGUGUGUGCUAUCUGCGCAGCCGGGUAGACCCACGACUCAGAGGGCUGGCCUGUGAGUUCAACGCAGCCAUGGUCAUGUUUGGACUUUUUUACUUACCAUAUCAUGUGAGCAGAAACUUGGCUCUUGCAAUGCCAGUCCUAGCGCCAGAGAAUCCAACAGCUUGGGAGACUGCCGACUUAAUGUUUUGUCUUGAAGUGUGUGUUUGCAGUCUUACCUCCUGUACCAACCCCCUUUUCAGCUGCUUUGUGGGGAGAACAUUUCGAAGAGACAUGUGGGCGACUUUCAAAAUGCUGUGGAAGAAGCAUAGAGUGGAACCUGCUGGGAGGAAACUGGAGAGAAGUGAGAUGGGCACAACAGAAGUGAAUGGCAUUGCCAAUUAG